AUGGCUGCCACUUCGAGUCAAACUCGGACUGCAGUUUCAACCACGCGUUUACCAACCUCGUUAUUAGAGGCACAAGUCCUUUUAGCGAGCACUCAAAUCAAGUCGGCGCUACCAUUGUUUUUCGAUAGCCCCGUCUUUCAGCGUCUUCAAGCAGGCGAUUAUAUUCCUCCACUCCUGAGCCCUCAACAUACUCUGGAUUACGAUGGGUCCAGCACUUUUCCAGCAUUCUCUUAUCCUCGCGCAUUGGUCCCUUUCUGUUUUUCUAUCGAGACUUCACGUCCCUUGUCCGUGGCCUCUGGCCUGGACUUGUUCUGUUCAGCCCAAAUGGCCGUUCGCACAUUACAAAUUUUACUUGAAGAUAUGGCUCCAACAGAAUCCGAGGGAAUAUAUAACGUCUUUGAGGAGGCGGCACCUUUCUUGCUUUAUCUUCGCGACUUUUGGAUGGGUCGAGCGAAUUGUCCCUUGUUUGCGGAACAUGUCAUUCUCACUGCUGAGCACUUGUCUCACAAUCUCCCCGCCUUCUUGAGGGAUGAUUUGGAGCAGCAAUGGGGAAUUCCCCCUGAACACCGUUCUCCUGGUUCGGGCGUCCUCAAUCUUGAACAAUUCCCUACCAUCCCUAUUCCAUUUUGUUUACGUUUUCGCGAGGGAAGCGCAAUCAUGCGUUUGGUGCCUUCCAGGGAUCUAGAUCCCUUUGCCUCACUACGCGGUCAAGGCGUUCUUUUCAGGAAUUCAUCAACCAUUCCCCCUUCCAUUACUUCUGAAACUCUCUCUCCUCCUCCGACCACUAAAGCACCAGUGGUGCCCCCUAGGGCACUUAGAAGGAAUCGUGAGGUCGAGGGUCUCAAGGCUGAUGCCUCCGCGUUUUUUGCUUCUCCCCGUUCCACCCGUUCAAAAGAUUCAGAUAAUGAGCUCUUAAGCGGGUUCCCGUCUGCAGUUUCAGCUUCUCGAGCUUCGUCUUCUACCAAGGUUUCCGUGGACAGGAAAGAGCCUAAACCCAAAACUACCGUCAAGGUAGUCGAAGAUUCCAAAGCCUCUAAGCCUACUCCUUCUGCCAUGGUUUAUAAAAGAGUUCGACUCCCUCCUUGUUCAAGGAAAAUCGCACCAACUACUGCAAAAGGCAAAUCCCGACAAGUAGUUGUUUCUGAAGACGACUCUGCUUCCAAUGAAGUAGAGUCUGAAGACGAGGAAGAAGAUGAGGAUGAGGAGGAGGACUCUGCGCCUUCUCCAAAACGCCCAAAAAUGACAUCUUCAAUUUCUGCUUCGUUGCCUCGUUGUUCGAUUAAACAGGUGUCCGUCCCCAAACGAGCUACAAAGGUCGCCACAAAGUCCGCUCCUGAGCGUUCCCCCGAUAGUACCUUCCAACCGGUACUCUUGGCGGAUGCUCAAGGUCGCUUACGACUUCCAGAGCAGUCAACUGGUGCUUUCACACCCUUUCCAAAGUUUGCACAUGCCAGGAAUAGCACUGCCUUGAAUCGCGAAAAUCCCCUUCUUGCCGUUAAUCCUGAGUUUGCUGGGCUCCAUCUUGGAGACCCAAAAUGCUCGUUUUACUAUGCAGGAUCUAAUGCAGGUGAACCGGCCUUCCCUCCCAAGUCAGGCUUGCGUUUCGGCGCUUGCUUGAGGGGACUUGGAAGCCAAUUCUGCUCCAAUACCCGGGUACAAAUGCCAGGCUUGCUCCUCUCGGAGCCUAAAGCCUCUUCUAGUAGCACGCAUAAUCUAGCAAACUCAUUACGACGAGCCACCGACUUGAAUGACCAAUUGAAACAGCUCGGGUCUCUUUUCGACACCACACAGGACCUCUUCUUGCGAUCCAUCUUGGAUCUGCAGAAUGCAGGAGAGGACCCCAUUGUUGUACUGGAAGCACUCAAGGCCGCCGAGCCCAAUCGUCGGGCGAUUAGUCUAAAUGAGUGGACCCUUAUGGCCACUCUAUUCCAUUGGCCCAGUCCAUUCAAUUUGAGUGGGCUGGACUUCGACAAUCGAACUCCAGGGGAAUGGAUCGAACUGCUACGCAGCAUCCAUUCUGGCGAGUCAACGGCGCACAUCGAUGAACAAGGACACCUGGUCGAGUCUUCCCCGCCUCCGGAUUCUGCUACCGAGGCUUUGGAAGGCCUCAAGGAAGUCGAGAGGGGGUCUGCGGACGAGGGUGCUAGCAGUCAAGUAGGGGGAUCGGUUCCUAUGGAGCUGGAUCUCCCUACUAUCGAGAGUUUGGCCAAGCGAGCUCUGUCUCCUGACAAGGGGGCAGAGUCAGCGCAGACUCUCUAG